CAAAUCGACGCGUAGAAUCGAGAUUCAAAAGGCGGUCAAAAAUCAACUGCCAAUAUGGCGUGAUAAUCCAACGUCUGUCCUGGGCCUGGAAGCUGCUUCUCAGCCUAUGACCGAUGACUACGCCGUUUCUUUAUAUUAUUCUACAAAUCGACUCAGCACCCAGGCGUCGCUUGUGCCUGUUCAACUUAGACUAGCCUACGUUGCAAUCCAUCGUUUACGAGAGCAGCUUGGCCCCGAAUUCCACAUCUUAGCGGACUACAUUUGCGUUACAUCCGUUUGUACUUCCGGCGAUACAACCAGUCCAGAAAAUGUUGGGAGAUUGAUAUCUGAAUGGAGCCGAAAGGGGAAGCAAUACGACUCAAUUGCAGCGAGCUUAGGGGGUACGGAUGCGCUGUUAGUGCUUCCUGAAGAUAUUUCUCCAACUGUGUGGGAACGCCUACCUGUGAUAGGAGAUGAUCGAGAUAACAUGAUCACAGCUCUUCUUAAUAGGGGAAUUAAAACAGCAGUGAAGGAAUGUGACCAUGUGACUGAGCUAAUUUUUGGCCAUUUGACCUACAAGAUGAUGGAAUGGAUUCAAGGGAAUUUUCUAACAUGGGCCGCCACGAACAAUAUCAAUUUCAGAUCAAAGAAACCAACCAGGUCGAAGUCAAAUCCGAAUGGUCGACCGGUCAAACGUCGGAAUCUGUCUUCUCAUUGCGAUCAUCAUAUAACGAAAGUAUUGCAAGAGAGCUCGAUGGGUCGGGGUUAUGAAAUCCAAGAAAAUUCUGCUUGCUGUCAAGCUGCGCAUUUGGCCGGGUUUUAUGUCGACUCCGCGCCAUUCGUGAAGGCGCUGUGUGAUGCCCAAAGGCAGCCCAGCUCUACAAACGAAACUUUUCCGAUUUGGCCUACCCGACUCUCUGCUGACUUGCGAAAAUACAACGUGCCGGAUAUUGUUACUCGAAACACAGAUGGAGGUGGCGGGUACCCAGAUAAGGACAUGGCAACAGAACUCGAAAAGCACAACAAAAUCCUGCCAGAAAUCUUAGCGAGUCGUCCACAGCAGUUCCAGCAACCUGUUACAGUUACAAAGAGUGAUGCAAUUCCAAUGCUACCCUACUGGCCUUGGGAGACGGAGUUAGUAGAAUUGCCACUAGUGGACAUGCGAUAGUGCGGUGGGGUGAAGUCUUUCGGAAGAACUGAUAAAUAUGGAGUCUUCCCUGUUAGUUAUGAACUUGGGAUUAAUGUUAGGGACAAAAGCUUUAUCCUGUG